UUUUUUUAAUUUCUUGGUGUUGGUUUUUUGUUUUUGUUUUUUUUGUUUUGUAUUGCUUGUAUGUAACCUGAUCGUUGAUUACAUAAUUAUGUGUUACAAUACACUAUUAUAAAACGCUCCACUUAACCAUAAGAAAAUGAAACUAAAAGGCGAAAGUGUUCCUUUAUGUUUAAAAUAAGAUUUUUUUCACGUCCCUAUUACCCGAAAAUAAUCAAAGCUUCUUUUAGAGUUGGCAAUUCUUAGAAAUAACAUUGUAUGAACAAAAACGCCUGUUUUGCCCAAUAUAGCCAUUCAUGUGGAUUUUCCUUUUUCCGUUUUCAUUAUUGACUCACUUGAAUCAACUACGGACUCAUGUGAGCUUGAAUAUUUUUGAGAAAUACCUUUCACUCAUCACGAACAAUUCAUUUAAGCUUGAGUGAACCAUUUUAAUAUAUUAUCGGUCAUGACAACACAACGAAUUCUUAUCUGCCUGAGCGUUCUGUGUUUAAGCAUAUUAGUUCAAGUUCAGAGCGCUAUAAUAACCGUGUAUGAACCCAGGCGUCGAUGUCCAAACACUGAAGAGAAAUGGCGGGAAAGAGAGGCAGGUUAUAUCUGUCCUCCUCAAACUCAGUAUCACUGUAUGCUCACGGGAGAUGGUCAAAUUGUGGAAUUCUGUAGUGACAUUACUUGGAUAGAACACGACUACUGUCCCAUGUUCAACUCCAAAACCAGAAUUAUAGACGUCCAACUUUGUCCAGAGAAUGGAGACUGCCCGCGAAAACAAUAUCUCUCCAACACAGUAUACAAAUAUCCCGAUUGUCUACAAACUUACCGUACAACUUCGGUUUCGAAAGAGGGUGGAAAUUCUUUGGAGUCUGUUAAAACUAUAGGAAGCACCGAGGAACCAUCUUACAGUAUCAACAGGGAAGCGAUGGAUGCAUUGCGUCUGACCUCCAUCGAAAUCAGCAUAAUGUUCAUGGUCAUCAACUUGGUGCUACUCAGUACAAUACUCAUUGUACUAAUUGUACUGAUUUACCCACAUGUCCUUAAAGAUAAGGUAGAUGUUUCAAAAUCGAAGAGCGAAGAAGAUGGAUCUACUAAAGAAGAGGCGGAUCCAGAAAUUUCCGGGACACAUUCCCGUUGGUCAUGGGAGCAAAACCCUAUAAGACUAAUGAUUAUAAAGUUUUUCAGAUGCGAAAAGAAAAUACACGAAACGCAUUGAUUCAGCAAAACAUAAAUAGUUAUUCAAUAAAGAAAUAAACAGCAAUUUAAAAAGUUCACUGGGAUAUGAAGUUGGUUGGUCACGUGGUCAAAUCCUAUGAAGCCCGAAGGGCGUCUCGGUAGAUCAUUGUGACGUCAUGAAAAAAUUCAUUUUAUUUUCUAUUGAUCGACGUAUCAAAGGAAAAAUUGUCCGGAAAAUUUCAUCAAUCCGCUAGUCCUAGUUUCAAUGUAUUGUCAGUCGUGCUCACUUCAUGUACAUGUAUAUAAAAACUUUGUUGUCAGUUUUUUGAGAUAUAUUUCCUGAAAUCUUUGGGAUCUGUUGGAGUAUGUUUUGUUUUACAAAUCCUUAUAUUUUUUGUUCCAACAUAUUGGACAAACAAAACUUUGUUUGUCCAAUGUGAAAUGAAAUGAAAUUUCAAAGGGAAAAUAAUGAACGCUGGCUGUGAUCCUAUAUCUAAUAGAGCUUUUUUGUAAGUACAUUUACAAUAUAAUGGCCGGGGUAUUAAAGUUAACACUAGAUUCAAAUUAACUGUCAUCGUAAUUUAAAAAUGAGCUCACCGCCCCCUGACCCCCUGCUUACAAAUAUUUGUAUGGCUAUGCCACUGUUUAGCGGUGGCAGCAUGCAAAUGUUUUUUGUUAUGUGAACUACUUUGAAUUUUAUGGUAGAUAAGGGUUAUAUUUAUUAAUCAAACAUAGGUACGCUGCAGUUGGUUUGCUUUAUUUCUCAGGUAGACGUACGCUAAGUGCUGCAAUAGUUAAGGAUGAGCCAGCACAGGGAGAGCGAGUCUGUGCAUUAUUGUCGUAAUUUGUUUGUACAGCUUUUUUUUAAAAAUAAGGUUAUAAAAUCAAUAUUGCUGUAUUUGUUAAAAGCAUAUUCGAUGUAUCCGUGUUUUACUGUAAAACGAAGCACUCUGUGUAUUCAUUGGUUUUUUUAUGAAUUUUUUUAAAAACUCAAUCCCUACAUGACUUGAAUUAAGAAAAUGUGAUCAUUGAUUAAGACUUUUCUAGCAAAAAAUGUCAUGUUACCAGUUUUAAUGAAAGCGUCAUACAUGUAAUAUUAAACCACGAAAUCAUCGUAAAUGCGCGGAUCCAGGAGUGUAGGUGUGGGGGUCGGGGUUCUAGAAAUUAAAACAUUUUAAAUUCACAUGGUAAAAACACCAAAAUUAGGCCUGUGACACCAACCCCUUAUCCCCAUGCUAACAAGGUUAUCCCCCCCCCCCCCCCCCGAGGAAAAUAUUUGGAUCCGUGCAUUAGUUUAGGAAUGUCCCUUUGUUUUGUUUAUAUCUUUUCGUCAUUUACUAAAUAAACGACAAUCUUUAUUCUUACACAUGUGUUCUGUUUUUCGCCUGCUUGAGCGAAAAAUAAAAACAAGCUCAGUCUCCUUGGCAAGGUCUUAAAGGGACUUGGACACGAUUUUGGGUCAAAAAUUUUAUUUUUAUUUUUUAUGUCUAAAAUGGUUUAUUGGUGCAUUUUAAAUGAUUGACCAAAAUAUUAAAUGUUGAAGUCAAGUUAGAAGCGAGAUACAUGGUAAGAAUUAAUUGUUAUGUAAACAAAGCUCGAGUCUUAUAGUUGUUUACAAAAAACGGUAAUGUAGAGAAUUGCCAUUUCUUAGAUAAAAUGACAUGUAAAAAACAAUUUAACCCAAUUCAAUAUCUUCAUAAAUACUAUUAUCAACAAAAGAAAGCUACAUUUGAUUGAAACUUUCACCAAUACAACACAUAUGUAAAGACUGACAAUAUUCGAGCUUUGUUUACAAAACAAAGAAUUAUGAACUCUGUAUCUUGCUUAUAACUUGAUAUUUGACUUUUAAAUUUUGACAUAGCAUUAUAAACUUCUAUAUUUAUCAUUAUACACACUGAAAAUGGAAAAAUAAAAUUUGAAAAAUUUUAGUCAAAUCGUGUCCAAGUCCCUUUA